AGUAGGUAGUCCUAAAAAUUCCAGAACAGUUAACAGUUAACAUAGCAUAGGUUCUAUCUUCAAUUUGUGCCAUAAGCACAAAAGAAAGCUUGGAGAUCGAAAUCGAUCAUCAUAAUCCCCAUCAUCAUCUUCCCUCAUUCGAUUUUCCCAAAAAUACCUAACCAUGGUGUUCAUCGUGCCACCCAAUCACAGAACCCUAGCAUUAGACGUAAACCCUAACUCCACCACACUCCAUCGCCUCAAGCUUGCAAUUGAAGAUAAUUAUGGCAUCUCCGUUUCUCAGCAGCGUUUGUUUAUCUCCAACAGCCUCCGAUUGCUUGGGAAUGACGAUUCUGCACUUAUAGCCGACCUCGGCGUCGGACCUUACUCAACUCUAACCCUUCACGUUCCUUUCCUUGGUGGCACGCAGCCUCCGGCGGUUCCCAAGCCACGGUUCGACUUUCUCAACUCGAAGCCGCCGCCGAACUAUGUCGCCGGUCUCGGUCGUGGUGCCACAGGAUUCACCACUCGAUCUGAUAUCGGUCCUGCCCGCGCCGCGCCCGAUCUUCCCGACAGAUCCGCCACAACUAUUGGCGGUGCAGCUGCUGCCCCCGCUGGAAGAGGAAGAGGGAAAGGCGGCGAGGAAGAGGAAGAAGAUGAAGGAGAAGAUAAAGGCUAUGACGAGAAUCAGAAAUUUGAUGAAUUCGAAGGGAACGAUGUUGGUUUGUUCGCAUCUGCGGAGUAUGAUGAGGAUGAUAAAGAAGCUGAUGCUGUUUGGGAAGCUAUUGAUAAGAGAAUGGAUUCGAGGAGGAAGGAUAGGAGGGAAGCGAGGUUGAAGCAGGAGAUUGAAAAGUACCGUGCUUCGAAUCCGAAGAUCACAGAACAGUUUGCAGAUUUGAAGAGGAAGUUGUAUACUUUAUCUGCUGAUGAGUGGGAGAAUAUACCCGAAAUUGGGGAUUAUUCAUUGAGGAACAAGAAAAAGAGGUUUGAAAGCUUUGUGCCCGUACCUGAUACAUUACUUGAGAAGGCAAGGCAGGAGCAGGAGCAUGUCACGGCAUUGGACCCUAAGACCAGGGCUGCUGGAGGGACCGAGACUCCUUGGGCGCAGACUCCGGUGACGGACUUGACUGCCGUUGGUGAGGGCAGGGGUACUGUGUUGUCCCUGAAGUUAGAUAGGUUGUCGGAUUCAGUUUCUGGUUUAACUAAUGUGGAUCCUAAGGGUUAUUUGACUACUUUGAAGAGCAUGAAGAUUACCAGUGAUGCUGAGAUUUCGGAUAUUAAGAAGGCUAGGUUGUUGCUCAAGAGUGUUACUCAGACGAAUCCAAAGCAUCCUCCUGGCUGGAUUGCCGCUGCUAGGUUGGAGGAGCUGGCGGGGAAGAUUCAGGCAGCGAGACAAUUGAUACAGAGAGGGUGCGAGGAGUGUCCUAAGAAUGAGGAUGUGUGGCUGGAAGCUUGUAGGUUGGCAAAUCCUGAGGAGGCAAAGGCGGUUAUAGCUCGGGGUGUGAAGUCGAUUCCAACUUCUGUGAAGUUGUGGAUGCAGGCCUCGAAGUUGGAGCAGGAUGAUGCAAACAAGAGUAGGGUGUUGAGGAAAGGGUUGGAGCACAUUCCGGAUUCGGUUAGGCUGUGGAAGGCUGUUGUGGAGCUUGCCAAUGAAGAAGAUGCCAGGCUCUUGCUUCACAGAGCCGUGGAAUGCUGUCCUUUGCAUGUUGAGCUUUGGCUUGCACUUGCAAGGUUGGAGACUUAUGAUAAUGCUAAGAAGGUUCUUAACAGGGCAAGGGAGAGGCUGCCCAAGGAGCCUGCCAUAUGGAUAACAGCUGCAAAGUUGGAAGAAGCUAAUGGGAACACUUCCAUGGUUGGCAAGAUUAUUGAGAGGGGUAUAAGGAGUCUCCAGAGAGAAGCUGUGGUAAUUGAUAGAGAGGCUUGGAUGAGGGAAGCGGAGGCUGCAGAGCGUGCUGGAUCUGUCGCUACUUGCCAAGCUAUAAUCCAUCAUACAAUUGGAGUUGGAGUGGAAGAAGAAGAUAGGAAGAGGACAUGGGUUGCUGAUGCAGAGGAAUGCAAGAAGAGAGGUUCUAUUGAGACUGCCAGAGCUAUAUAUUCUCAUGCAUUGACUGUCUUUUUAACUAAGAAGAGCAUAUGGCUCAAAGCAGCACAACUUGAAAAGACUCAUGGAACCAGGGAAUCUCUGGAUGCAUUACUUCGAAAAGCAGUUACCUAUAGACCACAGGCUGAAGUUCUAUGGCUUAUGGGUGCCAAAGAGAAGUGGCUUGCUGGUGAUGUCCCUGCAGCUCGAGCCAUCCUCCAAGAAGCUUAUGCUGCCAUUCCUAAUUCCGAGGAAAUAUGGCUUGCGGCUUUCAAGCUAGAAUUUGAAAACCAUGAACCUGAGAGAGCCAGGAUGUUGUUGGCUAAAGCCAGAGAGAGGGGAGGCACAGAGAGAGUCUGGAUGAAAUCAGCAAUUGUUGAGAGAGAGUUGGGAAACAUCGAAGAGGAGCGGAGGUUGCUAGAUGAAGGACUGAAGAAAUUCCCUUCAUUCUUCAAACUGUGGUUGAUGCUUGGCCAGCUUGAAGAGCGGCUUGCUGAGAAUGCGAAGAGACAAGAUCAGCCUGAAAGCCACCAACAUCAUAUGAGGGAAGCUAAGAAGGUCUAUGAAUCUGGACUGAAGAACUGUCCUAAUUGUGUACCUCUUUGGCUUUCUCUUGCUAAUCUUGAGGAGACAAUGAAUGGACUGAGUAAAGCUCGUGCAGUUCUCACAAUGGCUAGAAAGAAGAAUCCUCAAAAUCCUGAACUCUGGCUAGCUGCUGUAAGAGCAGAAUUGAAGCAUGGAUUCAAGAAAGAAGCUGAUAUCUUGAUGGCAAAAGCAUUGCAGGAGUGUCCCAACAGUGGUAUUCUUUGGGCUGCAUCAAUCGAGAUGGUUCCCCGUCCUCAGCGCAAAACCAAGAGUAUGGAUGCUCUCAAGAAAUGCGAUCAUGAUCCCCAUGUUAUCGCAGCUGUGGCCAAAUUGUUCUGGCACGAUAGGAAGGUUGACAAAGCUAGGACCUGGUUGAACAGGGCAGUAACAUUAGCCCCUGACAUUGGGGAUUUCUGGGCAUUGUGCUACAAAUUUGAACUUCAGCAUGGAACUGAGGACAGCCAGAAGGAUGUUUUGAAGAGGUGCGUUAGUGCAGAACCAAAACAUGGAGAAAAAUGGCAAGCUAUCUCAAAGGCAGUUGAGAACUCCCACCAGCCUACCGAAGCCAUCUUGAAAAAAGUGGUGGUUGCACUUGGGAAGGAGGAGAAUGCAGCUGAGAAUAAUAAACAUUGACGUCGCAUAGUUAUAGGCCUAUAAUAUUUCUGUUGUUUAGAUUUGUAGUAUGAUUUAUUAGUUUUCAAGAGAAUUUUGAUACUUACGAUUAUGAGUAGCUGAAAACAGAUGUGUGUUUUAUAGAUAUUUGGAAGCAUUCGUUGUUGUUUCAGAAUCUAAA